CUAAAGAGAGGAAAAGGGGGGUGUCCCCCGACCCGGCGUCGUCUCAGGAGGAGAGGUUCGGGGUCGUAGUGCGCGCUGCUGUGUUGGGGUUUGCACACCCACAAGAACCACUUAACUCAAAAAUAUCCCCCCUCUUUGUGCUCUUUCCGCCCCCCCCAAAAAACAACCACCACCACAACAGGCCUCCGCGACCAUGCCUCUGAACAUCAGCUUCUCCAGCAGGAACUACGACCUGGACUACGACUCGGUGCAGCCGUAUUUCUAUUGCGACGAGGAGGAGAACUUUUACCACCACCAGCAGCAGAGCGAGCUGCAGCCGCCCGCGCCCAGCGAGGAUAUCUGGAAGAAAUUCGAGCUGCUGCCCACCCCGCCCCUGUCCCCGAGCCGCCGCUCCUACGUGGCCGUCGCGUCCUUCUCCCCCCGGGGAGACGAUGACGGCGGCGGCGGCAGCUUCUCCACGGCCGAUCAGCUGGAGAUGGUCACCGAGCUGCUGGGUGGAGAUAUGGUGAACCAGAGCUUCAUCUGCGACCCGGACGAUGAGACCUUCAUCAAGAACAUUAUCAUCCAGGACUGCAUGUGGAGCGGCUUCUCGGCGGCGGCCAAGCUGGUGUCCGAGAAGCUGGCGUCCUACCAGGCUGCGCGCAAAGACAGUGACAGCCCUGUCGGCGGCGGCGGCGGCGGCGGCUGCUCCUCCAGCCUCUACCUGCAGGACCUGAGCGCCGCCGCGUCCGAGUGCAUCGACCCCUCGGUCGUCUUCCCCUACCCGCUCAACGACGGCAGCUCGCCCAAGCCCUGCGCCUCGCCCGACUCCAGCGCCUUCUCCUCGUCCUCCGACUCUCUGCUGUCCUCCACCGAGUCCUCCCCGCGGGCCAGCCCCGAACCCCUGAUGCUACCCGAGGACACGCCGCCCACCACGAGCAGCGACUCUGAGGAAGAACCAGAGGAUGAGGAAGAAAUCGACGUUGUCUCUGUGGAAAAGAGGCAGUCCUCCACCAAAAGGUCAGAGUCAGGAUCAUCCCCUGCUGGGGGUCACAGCAAGCCUCCUCACAGCCCGCUGGUCCUCAAGAGGUGUCACGUCUCCACUCACCAGCACAACUAUGCUGCACCCCCCUCCACCAGGAAGGACUACCCUGCGAUCAAGAAGGCCAAGUUGGACAGUGGUAGAGUCCUGAAACAGAUCAGCAACAACCGGAAAUGUGCCAGCCCCAGGUCCUCAGACACAGAAGAGAAUGACAAGAGGCGGACACACAACGUGUUAGAACGCCAGAGGAGAAAUGAGUUGAAACGGAGCUUUUUUGCCCUGCGCGAUCAGAUCCCAGAGUUGGAAAAUAAUGAGAAAGCCCCCAAGGUAGUUAUCCUGAAAAAAGCCACCACGUACAUCUUGUCCAUCCAGGUAGAGGAACAGAAGCUUGCUUCAGAAAAGGACUUACUGAGGAAGAGACGAGAACAGUUGAAACACAAACUCGAACAGCUGCGGAACUCUUGUGCAUAAACACGUUGGACCGAUGGGAGGGAGGGACUGGAAUUGUGUGUAUUCUCACUCCUUACUAAGGAAAAAGAUAUUACUUCCAGAGGGGGGGAAAAAACUGCAGCGAUUCUUUAUGUUUAAAAGAACUUGUUUCAAAGAUGCAUGAUCAAAUGCAACCUCACAACCUUGGCUGGGUCUUGAGACUGUAAGGUUUAGCCAUAAUAUAAACUGCCUCAAAUGGGACUUUGGGCAUAAAAAAAAAACAAAACAAAAAAAAACUUUUUUUUAUGCUUACCAUCUUUUUUUUUCCUUUAACAGAUUUGUAUUUAAGAAUUGUUUUUAAAAGAAAAUCUUAAAAGUUUACCGUUUUCCUGUGUAAAUAAGACCAUUAAAUGUAAAUAACUUUAAUAAAACCGUUUAUAGCAGUAUACAAGA